UUUUCUGGCAUCCAAGCUGCCGCAGAUGCUGCUGGAGGAUCUGGAAGGGGACUUCAGCAGAGCCCUGAUCCCUCUUGCACAAUGUGGCUUCUCCUCACCUUCUACUUCCUGCUGACAUCGGCAGCCUCACAGGACGACAGUGACAAGAUGCUGGAAGAUGAGGAGUGUGCACCCCACUCCCAGCCGUGGCAAGCGGCCCUCUUCCAUCGUGGACGUUUUAACUGUGGUGCUUCCCUCAUCUCCCCGCGCUGGGUGCUGUCUGCAGCCCACUGCCAAACCCGCUCCAUGAGAGUGCGUCUGGGCGAGCACAAUCUGCGCAAGCGCGAUGGCCCCGAGCAACUGCGGGCUGUUUCUCGUGUCAUCGUACAUCCGGGCUACGAAGCGCGCGGCCAUAUCCAUGACGUAAUGUUGCUGCGACUAAUCCGGCCCGCGCUCAUCUCCGAGCAAGUGCGACCAGUGGCGCUGCCCACGCGCUGCUCUCAGCCCGGCGACGCCUGCCUGGUGUCCGGGUGGGGCCUGGUGUCUGGCGGCGGGCCUAGGACCACGGGGAGCUCGGUGCCCCAAGUGAGUCUUCCGGAUACGUUGCAUUGUGCCAACAUCAGCGUGAUCUCGGCCGCAUCUUGCAACAAGGCCUACCCGGGGUGCUUGAUGGACACCAUGGUGUGUGCGGGCGUGGAGGGCGGAGGCACGAACUCCUGUGAGGGUGACUCCGGGGGACCCCUGGUCUGUGGGGGCGUCCUGCAGGGCAUUGUGUCCUGGGGUGACGUUCCCUGCGACACUACCACCAAGCCUGGUGUCUAUACCAAAGUCUGCCGCUACUUGGAAUGGAUCAGGGAAACCAUGGAGAGCAACUGACUGUUCUGGCCUUACCACCGGUGUCCCUGACUGAGCAGAAGCUCCCACGGCUGGCCAGCAGCCCCAUCCUGACCUGGGACAGAAUUAAGCCAUUCCACAAGACCCCAUUUGUCCAAGGCCCAGAUGCUAGCCAAAGACUUGUCCCGUCUGAGGCCAGAGCUGGCGCUCAAGGUCACCUGUUUAACACCAACAUAACAGAGAGUGCUGAUGCAAAUUUUUCUGUGACUUUCUUCUGAGGGUGAAGGGAAAUGGGGGCCAGAGACUGGGUGGGGACCUCAGAGCCACCGAACACUGUUCCUUUUCACCUACCGCCCUAAUCCCUAGGUGAAGAGAAGAGGCUUGAAGGAGGACUCUGUUCAUUCAACACCUAGGAUCAGCUGUGUGAUCUUCAGCAAAAGACCCAACCCCACUCAGCCUCAGUUUCCUCAUCUGUAAAACGGGGAUCGUAUUGCUUACCUCAUAGGGUUGUAAGGAUUGAAUGAGGAAAUUCAUAUGAAGUGAUUCAAAUAAUGCCUGGCACUGGGAAAACACUAUAUAUCUCUGGACCCUGGUGAAAGGACCCACCACAAAAUAAAUUAUCAAGAAUGACUUCA